AUGGCGGGGAAAACUGGAGAACAUGCCUAUGUUGGAAUAGCUUCAGGGGAAGCAGGAGAGGAAACUAUUGAUACGAUGGAGAUUGAAGUGUCGUCUGCUAAAGAUGUUCGACAGAAGACAAUGCCUCACACCCCUCUCAAAAGUCCUGGGCCCAAACGAGUGAAAGCAGUACAGGAAAAGGAUGAGAUUUCCACUAGCGUUCUGUACGCCGCCAUCCAAAGCCUCAGUCGUAAGUUUGACGAGAAUUCGGAAUACAUUCGUGCCUUUGAAUUCCAACUGAAAGAGAACACUGAUGCAACUGUCAAAAUUUCUGAGUCUCUGGAUGCCAAUACGAUGGCGUUGAAAGGCGUUAAGGAGGAUGUGGAUAAUUUGAAAUCACAGAUCGUCCCUCACUCUCCUGAACAACUGCAGAAUACUGUGGACACAGUUCAUCGCCUUGGCAAAAAAGUGAAGGGCGCAAGACCGCGGCAAAUCAUCAUUCAAUUUGGCAUGAGAAUUGUACGUGACAUGGUUUGGAGGAUGUCGAAAAAUGCACCGGUCUGCAUGGAGAGAAAAAUCCGCUUUAGAGAGGAUUUCUGUAAGGACGACAGGGAGGCUCAUGUUCGUCUAUGGCCUAAAGUUGAGGAGGCAAGAAAGAAAAACGUGAAAGCAUACCUUCGCGACGGAUAUGCAGUGAUUAACGGGGUUUCUGGUGCUGGUUGGGGUGUAAGUUACAGUCCUUCACACAUCUGUGCACUAAAAAACUCAUCAGUGAUAAUGAGCUGCACUUAUACAUACCCUACUGGACAUCAGAUCAUGAAAGUGUUCUGGACCAAAACAAAUGUUAGAGAGAAAGAAGAAGAGUUUCCAGAUCUGUCUGAGGAUCCUGAAUACAGUCAGAGGCUUCAGUAUCUGGGAGACAAACAGCAGAACUGCACCAUCAGACUGAGUCAUGUGACACAGAAAGAUGAACACAUGUACUGUUUCAGAUUCAUCACUGAUAAACCUGAUCAAAAAUGGAUUGGUAAUCCAGGAGUGAAUCUUACUGUCACAGACCGACCAAAAAGUGUCUCAGUGUCCAUCAGUCCAUCUGGUGAAAUAGUGGAGGGAGAUUCAGUGACUCUGAGCUGCAGCAGUGAUUCAAACCCUCCUGCAGAAAUCAGCUGGUUUAAAAAAAGAAAGUUUGUAGGAUCUGGAAGAAUCUACAGCAUCUCAAACAUCAGCUCUGAUCACAGUGGAGAAUACAAGUGCAAGUCCAUCAAUGAACAUGGAGAGAAAUACUCUGCUGCUGUGACUUUAAACGUCAUGUAUCCUCCAAAUAAUGUCUCCGUGUCCAUAAAUGGAUCUGGUGAAAUAGUGGAGGGAGAUUCAGUGACUCUGAGCUGCAGCAGUGAUUCAAACCCUCCUGCUCUGAACUUCAGCUGGUUUAAGGAGAAUCAAAGCUCAGCUGUUGGAUCUGGACAGAGUUUCAGUGCACUACAGAGUGGACGCUUCUACUGUGAGGCUCACAAUCAACAUGGAUCUCAGAGAUCAGACGCUGUUACUGUCACAGUUCAUCCUGGUGCUGAUAGGAACGUGAUUGUGAUCGCAGCAACAUCUGGAGGAUUAUUCAUCAUCAUCAUCUUCAUCCUGUUUAUAAUGUGA